AUGCUGAAGGAAGGCUUACAAGGAACGAUCAAAGGCGGCGGGACUGAGAUUGCAGUGAUCUCUGUCUGCGUUAAACAAGAAGAUUGGACUGGAUAUUAUGAGCUUUAUUUCCAGAGAGAGGUUGCGGAUUUGGCUAGAUUACACCAUGAAAAUGUAGGGAAGUUACGUGGAUACUGCAAAGAGAAGGCACCGUUUCCCAAGAGUGCUUCUUUUUGA